AUGGGGCUUUUCUCCCUAUCUACUCUGCUACUAGCGGUGGUAUCCGUACUCGCGAUACGACGUUUGACUCUGGGCUCCAGAAAGACUGCUCGCGUGCCCGGUCUAGGAUACAGGCACUACCCCGUCCUUGGCUCCUGGCGCGGGGCGGUCGAGUUCAUGCUGCGGCCCCGGCAGUGUUUAGAGAAGGGAUACAGGAAAUACAGGAAAUCAUACUUCAAGAUCGCCACACUGAGGGAGGAAUAUGUCUUGGUAUCGGACAGGCAUAAGAUCUCCGAGUAUCUCGCGGCCUCUGAGGAUGUUCUCAACUUCAUGGAUGUAGGGGCUGAUGAAGUUCAAUCGAUAUGGACAAUUGGGGACAACCCCCCUUGGCACCGGCAGUUGAUCUCAGGCAAGCUCACGCAAACCAUCAACGAUAACAUCCCUGGUAUGCUUGUUGAAAUCAGCAAGGAAUUGAAAUAUCAUAUUGGAGCACCAACAGAUUGGACCGAUGUCACAGUCUGGGAUACUGUCUCUAGAGUUGUAACACGUGCACGGACUACUGAUAGUCCCAAUGGCAACAAUGAAGAGUAUCUGAAUAACGCCAUGUCCUUCACCAACGCCGUCGUCGUAUCAGCCGAGAUGAUCCGAUUGUUGCCAGUAUGGCUGAAGCCCUACGCAGUUCGAUUAACUCCAUGCUGGCGCAAGAGAAAAUUGACUGAGGACCUCAUGAAAGACGAGGUGCUCCAGAGGCUACAGCUCAGCCACAAGGUGAAGGGUAAGCCCAACGACCUGUUGCAGUGGAUCGUUGAUGCCUCGCCGGUGAAAGAACGAACCGUCAAGAAUAUCGUGGAGAGGAUCAUGGGCUUGAACGUCGCUGCCAUACAUACGACCACUUCGGUGAGGCUGUAUAUUCGCUCAUCCAUGUCCUUGACUGACUCCGCCGUCCAGUCUUUGGUGUCAGCUCUGGCGCUUCUGGCAGCCGAUUCAGAGCGAUAUAUCCCACCAAUGCGCGAGGAAAUUGCUAUGAACAGCGAAAAAGGGCAUAUAACGCCGAGGACAAUGGCCGGGGCCAUCAAGCUCGACAGCUUCUUACGAGAGUCCGGCCGCGUGAAUCUAAACUCAAUGAUUGGUCUCAUGCGCACAGCCCGCCGCGACUUCCACUUCAAAGACGGCACGCUCAUACCGGCGGGAACACGCAUCGGGGUGCCAACUAUCAGCAUUCACCACGAUUCAACCUUGUAUUCCGAGCCACAGAAUGUCGACUGCUUUCGUUUCGUCGGCGCGUCGGGUGGGUUGGCGGAUACGAACAGAUUCCACCCUGCUCGUACCGGAUUAGACUAUCUGACUUUUGGACACGGCAAAAACGCAUGUCCCGGUCGCUUCUUUGCCGUUAAUUUGAUGAAGCUUGUCCUGGCUGAGAUGAUACACGUCACGGCGAGUGUGAAUAUACCCCUUCCAAUCAUCCUCGGCAUCAAGUCCCAUUCCUCAUCCAUGGCGGAAUUGACUGCACCAGCACCGCUGCUUGCGGAGGCAUUCGCUAACCAUGCACUGAACACGCGCUUUGAAGAUCUGACUCCAGAUGCAGUCGCCCAAGCAAAGGUCUUUAUUAUGGAUACCUUUGGCGUUGGAAUCGCGGGUUCCUCAGCUUUCGGAGCAGAGGCAGUCAUACAAGCAGGCGCGAGUUGGGGGAACGGGAAUGAGGCUACACUAUGGGGUCGUCGGCAACGAGUACCCGCUACAUUGGCCGCCUUGGUGAAUGGCUAUCAAGUGCAUUGUCAGGAGUACGAUUGCGUCCAUGAAGGUGCGGUUCUGCAUCCCCUGGCUACAACCUUACCGGCAGUGAUAGCGCUCGCCGAGAGGGCCGGAGGGAUCAGUGGCAAGGAUCUGAUCACAGCGGUCGCUGUGGGGGUCAACAUUUCAGCAGGCUUAGGUAUUGCAUCGAAGUCCGCAAUGAGGUUCUUUCGGCCUGCCACGGCUGGAGGGUUCGGUGCCACGGCUGCUGUUGGACGACUGCUGGGACUCUCACACGAAUCUCUGGUGCAGGCGUUUGGUCUCCAGUACGCACAAACGAGUGGCACUCUGCAGCCUCACGUUGAAGGGAGCGCAGCGUUGCCACUCCAGGUCGGAUUGAACAGUCGCGCGGCACUUCAAUCGUGUGACUGGGUGAGUGCAGGCUUACCUGGGCCUCGUGAUGUCUUCGAGGGACCUUACGGUUAUUUGCCGCUGUUCGAAGGACCGGACCGAUGGGACUUAUCUGGGACAUAUGACUGCUUAGCAGGCAGGCGUUGGCUCGUGAGCGAGUUGAGCCAUAAGCCAUACCCAGCCGGACGGGCUACCCAUGGUGGUGUGGAGGGGUUGCAGGUCCUCAUGAAGAAGACUGAUGGCUCGACUCUGAAACCAGAUGACAUCAAGAGCGUUACAAUCACUGGGCCACCUGUCACGGCUAGGCUGUGUGCAAGACCAGACUUGCCAGACCCGACCCCUAACUACGCACGCCUUUGCAUGUCAUAUAUAGCUGCCAAGGUCCUUUUGAACGGUUUCGUCGAUCUUGCGCACUACCGCGGCAAGGAAUUGACAGACCCGGCAACACACAGUCUCGCCAAACGGAUCAAAAUGCUCUCGGACGGUCAAGCCGAUCCCAAUGCGCUUGUUCCAAUCUCCGUUGAGUUGUGCUCGGUGGAUGGUGAAAUCAAAACGUGGAGAUGCGACCAGAUGCUGGCCAGUCCCAGUCGGAGGCUAACACGGGAGCAACAUUUGGCUAAAUUCCGACGGUGCUGGGAAUUUGCUGCUGAGCCACUACCUGAAGCGUCCCGUGAAGCUCUUAUCAACCUGGUGGAUGAUUUGGAGAACGUAGACAACAUUAAGCGACUAACUACGUUGCUGUCUCCACCUUCACAACCUGGAUAUCGCAGUUCAAAAUUAUAA